GCGCACUCGCUUCCGGGCCCGGUCGCCAUUUCCAGCGGUAGCAGGUUCUCACGAGUUUUGGCCUGCUGGGACAAUGAGCUAUGACUACCAUCAAAACUGGGGCCGCGAUGGCGGGCCCCGCAGCUCCGGCGGGGGUUACGGAGGAAGCUAUGGAGGGGGCCACGGAGGGAAUCGAGGCUCCGGAGGUGGCGGCGGCGGCGGCGGCGGCGGCGGAGGGGGUGGUCGAGGCGGCCGAGGCCGACAUCCCGGGCACCUGAAAGGCCGCGAAAUCGGCUUGUGGUACGCGAAGAAACAAGGCCAGAAGAACAAGGAAGCGGAGAGGCAGGAGAGAGCUGUGGUACAUAUGGAUGAACGUCGAGAAGAACAAAUUGUGCAGCUGCUACAUUCUGUGCAAGCUAAGAAUGAUAAAGAUUCAGAAGCACAAAUAUCGUGGUUUGCUCCUGAAGAUCACGGAUAUGGGACUAAAGCUCCUGCUGAGAACAAACCAAACUCAGUAAAGAAAGUUGAGGAUCAGGAAAAAAAACUGAUAAAUCAAGAAAAGAGGCCAUUUAGAAUCAGGGACAAAUAUAUUGACCGCGAUUCUGAAUAUCUCUUGCAAGAAAAUGAACCAGAUGUAACUUUAGACCAACAAUUAUUGGAAGAUUUACAGAAGAAAAAAACUGACCUUCGGUAUAUUGAAAUGCAGCAUUUCAGGGAAAAGCUGCCUUCAUAUGGAAUGCAAAAGGAGUUGGUAAAUAUGAUCGAUAACCAUCAGGUAACAGUAGUAAGUGGUGAAACUGGUUGUGGAAAAACCACUCAAGUUACUCAGUUCAUUUUGGAUAACUACAUUGAAAGAGGAAAAGGAUCUGCAUGCAGGAUAGUUUGUACUCAGCCAAGAAGAAUUAGUGCCAUUUCAGUUGCAGAGAGAGUGGCUGCAGAAAGGGCAGAAUCUUGUGGCAAUGGUAAUAGUACCGGAUACCAAAUUCGUCUCCAGAGUCGGUUGCCAAGGAAACAGGGUUCUAUCUUAUAUUGUACGACAGGAAUUAUCCUUCAGUGGCUUCAGUCAGACCCGCAGUUGUCCAGUGUUAGUCAUAUCGUACUUGAUGAAAUCCAUGAGAGAAAUCUACAGUCAGAUGUUUUAAUGACUGUUGUUAAAGAUCUUCUCAAUUAUCGACCUGACCUGAAAAUAGUUUUGAUGAGUGCAACAUUGAAUGCUGAGAAAUUUUCAGAAUAUUUUGGUAACUGUCCAAUGAUACAUAUACCUGGUUUUACUUUUCCGGUUGUGGAGUAUCUUUUGGAAGAUAUAAUUGAAAAAAUAAGCCAGCCUAAGAGGGGAGGUGAAGUAGGGUGGUCAUUGGAUAGAAGUUUUCAGCAGAGGCCCCCAGCUGUUCCUUUCCCAGAAGAAGAGCUGUGCUACAGGGAAGUAGGGAAGAAAGUAGGUUGCCCUACCUCACGUUGGUGCCUCUAUAUGUAUCGAAGACUUAGGGGAAUCCUGGGUCACAGAUAUGUUCCAGAAAAAAAAGAACACAGAUCCCAGUUUAAGAGGGGUUUCAUGCAAGGGCAUGUAAAUAGACAAGAAAAAGAAGAAAAAGAAGCAGUCUAUAAAGAACGCUGGCCAGGUUAUGUAAGGGAAUUGCGAAAAAGGUAUUCUCCAAGCACUAUAGAUGUUAUAGGAAUGAUGGAUGAUGAUAAAGUUGAUCUGAAUUUGAUUGCUGCCCUUAUUCGAUACAUUGUUUUGGAAGAAGAGGAUGGUGCAAUAUUGGUCUUUCUACCAGGUUGGGACAAUAUCAGCACUUUACAUGAUCUCUUGAUGUCACAAGUGAUGUUUAAAUCAGACAGGUUUCUUAUUAUACCUUUACAUUCACUGAUGCCUACAGUUAACCAGACACAGGUAUUUAAAAGAACCCCUCCUGGUGUUCGGAAAAUAGUAAUUGCUACCAACAUUGCAGAGACUAGCAUUACCAUAGAUGAUGUAGUUUAUGUAAUAGAUGGAGGAAAAAUAAAGGAGACGCACUUUGACACACAGAACAACAUCAGUACAAUGUCUGCUGAGUGGGUUAGUAAAGCUAAUGCUAAACAAAGGAAAGGUCGAGCCGGAAGAGUUCAACCUGGUCAUUGCUAUCAUCUGUAUAAUGGUCUUAGAGCAAGCCUUCUAGAUGACUAUCAACUGCCAGAAAUUUUGAGAACGCCUUUGGAAGAACUUUGUUUACAAAUAAAGAUUUUAAGGCUAGGUGGAAUUGCUUACUUUCUGAGUAGGCUAAUGGAUCCACCGUCGAAUGAAGCAGUGUUACUUUCCAUAAAACACCUGGUGGAACUGAACGCUUUGGAUAAACAAGAAGAAUUGACACCUCUUGGAGUCCACUUAGCACGAUUACCAGUUGAGCCACACAUUGGAAAAAUGAUUCUUUUUGGAGCUCUGUUCUGUUGCCUCGACCCGGUGCUCACAAUUGCUGCUAGUCUUAGCUUCAAAGAUCCCUUUGUGAUUCCAUUGGGAAAAGAAAAGGUCGCAGAUGCAAGAAGAAAGGAAUUGGCAAAGGAUACUAAAAGUGAUCACCUGACAGUUGUGAAUGCAUUUGAGGGCUGGGAAGAAGCUAGACAGCGUGGUUUCAGAUAUGAAAAAGACUAUUGCUGGGAAUAUUUUCUGUCUUCAAACACACUGCAGAUGCUGCAUAACAUGAAAGGGCAGUUUGCUGAGCAUCUUCUUGGAGCUGGAUUUGUAAGCAGUAGAAAUCCUAAAGAUCCAAAAUCUAAUAUAAAUUCAGAUAAUGAGAAGAUAAUUAAAGCUGUCAUCUGUGCUGGUUUAUAUCCCAAAGUUGCUAAAAUCCGACUAAAUUUGGGUAAAAAAAGAAAAAUGGUGAAAGUUUACACAAAAACUGAUGGACUAGUUGCUAUUCAUCCUAAAUCCGUUAAUGUGGAGCAAACAGAGUUUCACUACAACUGGCUUAUCUAUCACCUGAAGAUGAGAACAAGUAGUAUAUACUUGUAUGACUGCACAGAAGUUUCUCCAUACUGUCUCUUGUUCUUUGGAGGUGAUAUUUCCAUUCAGAAGGAUAAUGAUCAGGAAACUAUUGCUGUAGAUGAAUGGAUUAUCUUUCAGUCUCCAGCAAGAAUUGCCCAUCUUGUUAAGGAAUUAAGAAAGGAACUAGAUAUCCUUCUGCAAGAGAAGAUUGAAAGUCCCCAUCCUGUAGACUGGAAGGACACUAAAUCCAGAGACUGUGCAGUUCUCUCAGCUAUUAUAGACUUGCUCAAAACACAGGAAAAAGCAACUCCUAGGAACUUGCCACCACGAUUUCAGGAUGGAUAUUACAGCUGACAGCUUUUCUGUGGUGCCCUGAAAAGCCAGUUUGAUAGCCAUUUUCCAUCAUGGUUUAACUUUGACUAGGUGUCAAACCCCAGGACAUGAAUAAUUUUCGUGCGUAAGGUAGAAACCUUCAGUAGGUAGUAAAUAAAGACUUAAUGUGCAUGAGUUAACGAUGUCAUCUGUAGCUGUUAUAAAUAUACCAUAAAAAACAGUUACUCUCUAGUGGUCGUGUCCACAUUUUGGGAGUAUUCCUCUUAUAUAUUUUGAAUGUUGUACCACUUGAGAAAUUCCUUUGUUCUGUUAUGAAAUAUUAAUCUCUCUGCCCAUAAUGACUGAGUAUAGAAUCAGUAAAAAUAGAAUGGUUAGCCAAAAAGCAGUAUCAAAUAAGAAUUUGAACACAUCCACAUUUCUUCUAAUGAAACUUCUAUCAGAAGUAAGUUAAUUUGUUGUAAUAAAGCCCAGUAUUUAAUAAAAUGUACAGUGUGUAAAUCUCAGCUAGCUUUUUGGGUUGCUUUCUGCAUCUCCACCUAUCCCUUGGUUUAUCUGAUGUUUUUUAUCUGAGAAUAUAUUUGUACCACUUUUACAUCACCCUGUGCAGUGUAAUGUAGCAGUUGAGAGCAUGGGUCUAGAGCCUAUCUAAGUUCAAAUUUUAGCUCCGUCGCUUACCACGUAUCUUAGGCAAAUUACUUGGCUUCUUUCUGUUUCCUUUUCCUUAUCUGUAAAAUACAGGUAACAAUUAUGAGGAUUAAAUAUGUUAUCAUAUGUAAAGUGCCAUAGCCUAGUGUCUGGCAUGUAUUGUGUACUAAGUUACAGUUAUUAUUUGAAAUUUUUUUAAUAACAGUCCAUUAUGUUAGACUUUUCUUCCCCAUGCUCUGAGUGCUAUUUUACCCUCUCAGCCAGUGGAAGCUAGUGUGACAUGUACUGUAUGUUUUCAGCCCUGUCAGAUUUUGACAAAUACUGUUGGUUGCUAUCCAACAGCCAUUUUGUCCCUCCCUUCCUACUUGCUUGUUCAUGUGUCCCCUCCUCUGUGCAGCCUUGUUCCCAGGGAUGUUGGACCCUCUUCCCCAAGGGUGAAUUGGAUUGUUCUAAGCCAAUCAUGCAUGGUCUUUUUCUCCUUAUAAAUAACUGAUGAGGCAUGAAUAUGUGAACCUGUCCUGGCUAAUGGAAGCUAAGAAGAGAUCUGCAAGGGGGCAUCUGAGAAGAUUUUCCUCACUAGUAGACUUAAAGAAGGAAAUUCUGUGCUCCUCCUUUGGACAUUAUUUUGUCUGACUCUGGCACUUGGAACUGCUGCAACCCUCUUAGGAUCACAAGGUUGGCUCAGCGGGCAGGUGGAAAUCACCAGAGUCCUUGAUAAUGCUAGCGAGCUGUUGAAUUAUCCAGACUCUGCAACUGCCCUGCACAUGGACUUAUUCUGACAUAAUAAACCCCUCUUUGUUCUAGCCACUUUUAGUAGGGUCUUUUGUAUAAUUUGGCAGAGGAGUAUUAACUGAAACACAUACUAUCCAUUGUUGAGUGUUGUUUGCUGAGGCCUCUAUCACUUAUUUUGUGAUAUAACAGUUUGACCCUAUGUCUGAGAAAAGUUGUAGUACUGGAAAUACUGCAAAAAGAGACAUAGGAAGAACAUCCUGCUGCACCCUAAAAAGUACAGAUUUUACUGUGCCUUCCAAAGAAGCCAAAGGAAAGGAGUAUCGUAUGAUGACUGGGAUUGAUUGAUAAUUCUAUGAUGAUCUUAACAGCACUGGUUCAGGUACUGCUUCCAUUUCUGGGAAUGUAUGUCAGCCUAUCAUUGCCUUCUAGGGUUUUUGAAUGUAUUUGUGUGGUCUAAGUCCAUUCUCUUGGCUAGUAUCCCAAAAGUGAUCUGCCUCUCACUGAAUUCUUGUACUGGGUCAUUUUGUGGCAUAUUAGUUUUGCCCCUAAUCUGAAGGUGAUCAUUAGGUCCUAUUCUAUAAGAAUGUUUGUUUUUAUGUUUGUGCCUUUUUUUUUUGGCUUGCUUUUACUAUCCAGUUUAAAUUCAGUCAGUUGGCCAAAACGGUCUUGGCAGAGAGCAUUUUAAAAAUCUGUAAAAACAGAUUACUAGUUAAUUGGCUGCAUGUUCAUAGACAAAUAUUUAAUCUCCAUAAAUGGGGAAAAUGUUCCUGCAGAACUGUUUAAUAGAUGAGCUAUUCAGAGAGAUCAAAGGAGUUAUCACCUCCAAUUUAUGUCUUCUCUAUACCAGUCAAGAUGGAAAUUUUGCCUGAAGGUGCUAUUUAUGUUUUUCUUUUGUUUACAGAAUAGGGUGUUACUUAGUGAAAAAUGUAUUCCAGGUCUCAGAACUAUAUGCUAUUUGGUAGUUUUAAAGAAUAAGAUACUAAAUUACGAAGAAAACUAUUUGCCUCGCCAUUCUGAGCAACACCAAGGAUAACUCUUUAAAAAAAUGACCCUGGGGCUUCCCUGGUGGCACAGUGGUUGGGAGUCCGCCUGCCGAUGCAGGGGACGCGGGCUCGUGCCCCGGUCCGGGAAGAUCCCACAUGCCGCGGAGCGGCUGGGCCCGUGAGCCAUGGCCGCUGAGCCUGCGUGUCCGGAGCCUGUGCUCCGCAACGGGAGAGGCCACAACACUGAGAGGCCCGCGUACCGCAAACAAACAAGAAAAAUGGCCCUGAAACAGAAACUUACAGGAAAAAAAAAAAAAAAGAAAAAAGAAAUAAA